AUGACCGAAGCAAGUACAUCUGGAGCAUCCUUGACUAAGGCGAUACAAGGUUUGAGCAUUAAUAAUACUAAAAUUGAUGUUCAAAAAUUCGAUGACAAGAUAAAUUUUGGUUUGUGGAGGUGUCAAGUGAUGGAUGCAUUGGAUGCUCAAAAUUUGAAGGAGACUUUUGAAUUACAAGAGAAACCUGAUGAUAUGGAGAAUAAGGUUUGGUUAUUUUCUGGAAUGGAGGAAACAAAUUCAACUAGUGUAGAGUUCGGAUCAAGUGCUAUUGGAAGUGCAAUUGCGGACAAUACUGUAAAUGCUCCUAAACCACUACUAGGAAUAAAGUUUAAUAGUUAUGAAGAAGGUUAUAACUAUUAUAACUCUUAUGCAUUGUUGAUGGGUUUUGGAAUAAGAAAGAGCAUGGUAAAUUACUCCCGUAAGACUAGAGAAGUAGUAGACAGAAAGUAUGUUUGUGAUAAGGAGGGCCAUAGACCUAAAAGAGACAAGAUAGAAAAUCCAGUUCGGCGAGAGACCCGAGUGGGAUGUAAGGCAAUGAUGCGAAUUAAAUUAUUGGAGGACAAAUCGUGGGAGGUCACGGGGUUUAUUGAAGAACAUACAAAUCAUGUGUUGAGUAGUCCAGACAAAGCAAAAAUGCACAGAUCACAUCAACAAUUCCAUAAAACUCAAAGAUGUAAAAAACUUAUUGAUAGUUUGCGAGAAGAAGGUAUGCCUCCUUCCACUAUUUCUCGUGUCAUCAAUGCAACUAAUGGAAGAGAAGGUGAAUUAGUGACAUCACAACAAUGCAUUGAUCAUAUCAGAACCCAAAGAGUCAACAAUAUUGGUCAUGAAUGCAUAUCUAUCAUUCGACAUUUUCAGAGUGCGACAGCGAAUGAUCCAGAAUUUUAUUUUGCAAUAGAAGUAGACAGUAGUGGACAAAUGAGGAGUGUUUUCUGGGCCGAUGGAAGAUCAAGAGCAUCUUAUUUGAAAUUCAGUGAUGUUAUUGUGUUUGAUGUGAUAUACAGAACUAAUAAGUUCAGUCUUCCAUUUGCUCCAUUUACUGGUGCUAUUAUAACAGAUCAGGAUAGAGCAAUGUGUAAUGCUAUUCACUCAGUGUUUCCAACGACAAGACACCGUUAUUGCUAUUGGCACAUGCAAAAGCAUAUUAUUGAUCAUUUGCCUACUUUGGUAUCUCGUUAUGGUGAACAGUUUCAAAGGUAUUGGGGCUUGUGGUAUAAUAGUUCUUCAAUUGAACAAUGUGAAGGAUAUUGGGUUGAGAUGAAAGAGAAGUUUGAUAUAAAUGAAGAAGGUGAGGGAUGGUUGCAAACAAUUUAUAAAUGCCGAGAUCACUGGGUGCCGUGUUAUCUGAAGGACAAUUUUUUUGCUGGAAUGAGAUCAAGCCAAAUGAGUGAAAGUAUUAAUGCAUUUUUUGAUGGGUAUGUUAACUCACAGACUCAAUUACACGAGUUUGUGACACAAUAUGAAAAAGCAAUAACUCAUCAUCGCUUAAGUGAAGCCCAUGAAUAUUUUAAGAGACUUAACUCAAAGCCUGUCAUGCUCCUUGGACAUCUAAUUGAGGUUCAAACUGGAGAAAUGUAUACACGCAAUAUGUUUGAUGUGUUCCAGACUGAAUUCAAAGGAUUUGGUACAGAGUUUUGUGAAGAAUUGAGAAAAGAUGGGGACAUUGUUGAAUACAAAUUCAAAGGAUUUGGUACAGAGUUUUGUGAAGAAUUGAGAAAAGAUGGGGACAUUGUUGAAUACAAGACAUAUAUUAUCGCAAAUGAUGGCUAG